AUGGCUGCCGCCGCGCCCGUCUCCGUUCCACUUAAGGACACCCACGUAUCGAGGGCAAGGAGGGUGAAGGUUGCGGCCUGUCACACGUGCGACGGAGGACCCGCGCUUGUUCGUGCCCGUGGCUCCUCCAGCUUCGACCUUGGUGAGAUCGACGAGCGUGCUCAAAAAGCUUGUUCCAUGUUACAUGCCUGUGCUGUGCACGCUCCUGAGCCCUCUUGUGUUGUGACCACCACGACCCUUGCCCCUGCAUUUCAGGGCAACAUGCUGUGGAUGCAGCCCAAGCUGCCAGCCAAGCUGGCGCGGAUCCGGGCAUUUCAUGAAACGUGUGCAGAAUUGUUUUUUGGCAUUUUGGCAUUGACACGCUUCGCAAUCACCUGCGGAAUCUCAGGCCAAUGUGCCCUUGCAGCAGCCGGGCCCCGCCACAAGGCCCGCAGGGGUUGGCAAAGCAUGCCUUCGUCAUGCUCUUGA